AUGGCCGGAGCGGCGGCGGCGGUGGCCGCGGGAGCAGCAGCUGGAGCCGCCGCGGCAGCCGUGUCGGUGGCGGCUCCGGGCCGGGCCUCGGCAGCCCCGCCGCCCCCGCCGGUGUACUGUGUGUGCCGGCAGCCGUACGACGUGAACCGCUUCAUGAUCGAGUGCGAUAUCUGCAAGGACUGGUUCCACGGCAGCUGUGUUGGAGUAGAAGAACAUCAUGCCGUCGACAUUGACCUGUAUCACUGUCCCAACUGUGCGCUUCUGCAUGGCUCCUCCUUGAUGAAAAAGAGGAGGAACUGGCACAGGCAUGACUACACAGAAAUUGAUGAUGGUUCCAAACCAGUGCAGGCUGGAACUAGAACUUUUGUGAAGGAACUACGUUCUCGAGUCUUCCCAAGUGCCGAUGAAAUCAUUGUAAAGAUGCAUGGCAGCCAGCUGACACAAAGAUACCUGGAGAAACAUGGAUUUGAAGUCCCUAUAAUGGUUCCCAAAUUAGAUGAUCUAGGACUCAGGCUCCCUCCACCAACUUUUUCUGUUAUGGAUGUGGAACGUUAUGUAGGUGGUGACAAAGUGAUAGAUGUCAUUGAUGUGGCAAGGCAGGCAGACAGCAAAAUGACACUUCACAAUUAUGUGAAAUACUUCACGAAUCCCAACAGACCAAAAGUGUUAAAUGUGAUCAGCCUUGAAUUUUCAGAUACGAAGAUGUCUGAAUUGGUGGAGGUUCCUGAUAUAGCCAGAAAACUUUCCUGGGUGGAAAAUUAUUGGCCAGAUGAUUCAGUCUUUCCCAAGCCAUUUGUUCAGAAAUACUGCUUAAUGGGAGUUCAAGACAGCUACACAGAUUUCCACAUUGAUUUUGGUGGGACUUCAGUUUGGUACCAUGUCCUCUGGGGCGAGAAGGUUUUUUAUUUGAUAAAGCCAACAGAUGACAAUUUGGCCCUCUAUGAAUCUUGGAGUUCAUCUGUGACCCAGAGUGAAGUGUUCUUUGGAGAUAAGGUGGAUAAAUGCUACAAAUGUGUGGUAAAGCAGGGACAUACCUUAUUUGUUCCUACAGGGUGGAUUCAUGCUGUGCUCACUUCUCAGGACUGUAUGGCUUUUGGGGGGAACUUUCUGCACAACCUUAACAUUGGCAUGCAGCUCAGGUGUUAUGAGAUGGAAAAAAGACUUAAAACACCAGAUCUUUUCAAAUUCCCUUUCUUUGAAGCCAUAUGUUGGUUUGUAGCCAAAAACUUGCUGGAAACCCUAAAAGAAUUGAGAGAGGAUGGUUUCCAGCCUCAGACUUACCUAGUACAGGGAGUGAAAGCACUGCAUACUGCUUUAAAAUUAUGGAUGAAAAAAGAACUUGUAUCUGAACAUGCCUUUGAAAUUCCAGACAAUGUUAGACCUGGACAUCUUAUUAAAGAACUUUCUAAAGUAAUUCGAGCAAUAGAGGAGGAAAACGGCAAACCAGUUAAAUCUCAGGGAAUCCCUUCUGUGUGUCCAGUUUCACGGUCCUCAAGUGAAGCAGCUUCCCCAUACCAUUCCCGACGAAGGAUGCGGAAACUUCGAGACCACAAUGUCCGAACCCCUUCCAACCUCGACAUCCUGGAGCUCCACACGAGGGAGGUGCUCAGAAGACUGGAGAUGUGUCCCUGGGAAGAGGACAUCUUGAGCUCAAAACUGAACGGAAAAUUCAACAAACAUCUCCAGCCAUCUUCCACAGUACCUGAAUGGAGAGCGAAAGAUAAUGAUCUUCGAUUGCUGCUGACAAAUGGAAGGAUAAUUAAGGAUGAGAGACAACCCUUCACAGAUCAGAGUCUUUAUACAGCAGAUAGUGAAAAUGAAGAGGAUAAGAGAAGGACAAAAAAGGCAAAAGUGAAGAUGGAAGAGAGUUCAGGAAUAGAGGGAGUGGAGAAUGAAGAGUCUCAAAAACCACUUAACAGGUUUUUAACAAGUGUGAAAUCAGAACUCAGGAAUCGAUCAUCUGAAUAUUCUGAUAUUUCUGAUUCAGAAGACUCUGGACCUGAUUGCACUGCACUGAAAAAUAAUUUUACCACUGAAGAGUCUGAAAGUUCAGGUGAUGAAAAGAAACAAGAGAUAACAUCAAACUUUAAGGAAGAAUCUAAUGUGAUGAGGAACUUCCUUCAAAAGAGCCAGAAGCCAUCUCGAAGCGAAAUUCCAGUUAAAAGGGAAUGUCCUACCUCGACGAGCACAGAGGAAGAAGCUAUUCAGGGCAUGCUGUCUAUGGCAGGGUUGCACUAUUCCACGUGUUUACAAAGGCAGAUACAAAGCACAGACUGCGGUGGUGAAAGACCCUCUCUCCAGGACCCCAGCAGCUGCCACAGCAGUAACCAUGACGUCAGGCAGUUGUAUCGCUGUGAUAAGCCAGUGGAAAGUGGAUAUCAUGUCAAGACUGAAGAUCAAGACUUGAGGAGUUCUUCCUGGAUUAAACAAUUUGAUACAACUUCCAGAUUUAAUCUUCAGGAUCUAAACAGAGGCCAGAAAUGCAUCAAAAAGGAAGUUUCAUCAGAAAUCAGUCAGAAAGUACAAAGUAGGAAUUGUGUGGACAGCAGUGGCUCAAGCCUUCAGAAUGCAAAGUAUACGCAGAGUUCAAGCUUGAUAUCAGGGGCGUGCCAGCUAAGUAACGGCAGUAUAAGCCCAGAAAGGCCUGUUGGUGAAACUUCCUUUUCAGUGCCCCUUCACCCCACCAAGAGACCUGCGUCAAAUCCACCACCUAUCAGCAACCAGGCAACAAAAGGUAAACGUCCAAAAAAAGGAAUGGCAACAGCCAAGCAACGUCUUGGGAAGAUCCUUAAACUGAACAGAAAUGGCCACGCACGUUUCUUUGUGUGACGGAGCUGUGGCUGUGGCCACUAUUCCCUUCGGAGACCGGCCUUGGGGUGCGGGAGCCUGGAGCUUCCACGCGCCCCACUGAAGCAGUUUGCAUGUACAGUAGGGAACACUGCCUGAAGAACAAAAUGAACCUGAUGCUGCAUUUUCACUGUGCCACACCCACUCAGCAAUAACCAUUUUGGACCUGGUGGGGAGAGGAAGAAGGAGGGUAGAACCUUAAAAAGAGACCUUGAACUGGAAAGGGUCUCUUGUCAGGGCUUGAAUUUCAUUUUGUUGUUGGUAGUGUUUUGAUUUAUUUUCAGUGAUAGGGUAGAGAAUUAUCAGUAAUUUAUUUAACAGAUUUUUUUUUUUAAAGUUAACAGCUUUUAAAUUCUUUCUUUUUUAAAGCUAUUUAUUUGGAAGAUUUCUGGAGAAAUAUCUCACUAAUUUAGAUUUAAGAAUGUGAAGGUUUUUAAAUUAUUUUUGAUAGUGUGUGUGUUACACGUGGGGAAGAGCCACGGUAACAGUAACUAGUCUGGACUCUUAAAUUUGCUAUUCAGGUUAAAGUCUUAAACAGGGAUUUGAUGCAUUAAUUAUUUUAAAUUAAGAUGUAUAUGAAAAUCAUUUUAUUUUAUAUAUUUCAUGUGUUUUUUAUAAGCUAUUAGCUUCGCUUUUGCUAACAUCCAAGGUGCAUACUGUUAUCCAGGUCGAUUACCUAUGUCCCACCUUCCCUCUGCACUCCCCCUCAUUUUGUGAUGACACAAGACUCUUCUCUUUGCAGGGAAACACUUUCGUAGCCAGUGUGUAAGAACUACAUUCAAGACGCCACAUUUCUCAUUUCGUUUGACAUUGCAGUUUUCUUCUAAAUAGAAAAAUAGGCUUCUUGCAUUUUCACUUUUGCUGAUGAUAUCUGGGUCCCAAAGAGUACAGCUUUAAUAUCUUUUCCCUACUUGUGGGAAAAGUAUUAUAAGUUUGGUUAAAUUGUCAUGUUUGUAGUUUUCCAAAUACAUUUGUAACUCCAGAGGGCCUUCAUACUGCUGGUGUUGGAGGGCAGGGCCAGCACCUGCCACAGAGGUUAUAUUUUAUGAUGCUUUUAUUCUGUAUACCUAAUCUGUUGGAAAAUAUGAAAUAUGGUUUGACUUAGAAUAUUCAAAUCUGCAUAAUAAGCCGUAAUAUAAGACUAUACUAUAUUAAGUUGUAUAGAAGCAAGCAUGUUGGAGUAGAUGAAUUGGGUGUGUGUGUGUGUGUGUGUGUGUGUGUUUAGUUUUUUAUUUCUUAACCUUCUAAAGCAUUAUUUAAGAUGUGGAUUUGGAGUAAAAUGGGUGCUUUCUGUAGUUUCUUCCAUCUGUCCUAACUUAACCAGUGCAUAGUGAGGUUAAGUAUCCGGUUGAGCUUUAAGGAAUCAUUUAUAUCCUUUGUGCACAAUUUUUACUAAAUGCCAGUUUUCAGCUGCUUGCAAUAGCUUAUGUUUUCCUCUCCGCCUGUGACAUAAAAACAAGUAAUUUCUUGUUUCUUGGGGGGUGGGGUGGAGA